CCUUCCAUCGUGAGGCGGGAAAAGCAUCACAGCCAUCCGUUGCCAGGGAAGUCGGCUCUUGUCUUUUUACCUGCAAUUUUGAUUUUUAAGUUUUGUCCAUCAUGUCCUCCCCUGGCCGUCGUAGUGCACGCUCAACCCCGAGUAAGCGCAGUGAUACCAGUGAACUCCAGCCCCUUCCCCCAUCAUCACCUGGGUCUGAGCUCCUUCCAGCCACUUCACCAGCCCCUGCUCGACUUAACCCUGCAUUACACGAUAUUGAUCUAAGUUCUCCACUGAACUAUGGAACCCCAAGCAGUGUUGGUUCGUCUCUCCGCACUCCACGAUCUGGUGUACGUGGAACGCCUAUCCGUCAUAGAUCUGAUAUUCGCUCAGAUCGCCGGAUGCGCCAAGUCAAUCUCUCUGAACCAGCCAGUGAUGCUAAUGUGGAAGGUGCUCCACCUACUCCAGGGGUCCCAGCGGGAUCAGCUCAGACUGAGGCACCUCAAGGACCCCAGUUAGUUAUCUGGGGAACAGAUGUUGUAGUAUCUGAAUGCAAAGAUCGUUUCAAGACAUUUGUGCUUCGUUUCACUGACCCUGAUGCAGAAGAAGAUGAAAGGGUUGAUGGCAUGAAUAGAAGUGAACCACUGUACCUACAGAAACUAGAGGAGAUUCAUACCCUGGAGGAACCAUUUAUGAACAUCAACUGUGCUCACCUCCAUCAGUAUGAUUCAGAUCUCUACCGUCAGCUUGUCUGCUACCCACAGGAAGUAAUUCCAACUUUUGACAUGGCAAUCAAUGAGAUGUUCUUUGAACGCUAUCCCGACACUAUUCUUGAACAUCAGAUUCAGGUGCGGCCUUUCAAUGCUGAGAAGACUAAGAAUAUGCGGUCUCUUAAUCCUGAAGAUAUUGACCAGCUCAUCACCAUUGCUGGCAUGGUAAUUCGUACUUCAAACAUUAUUCCGGAAAUGAGGGAAGCCUUCUUCCGGUGUCAUGUCUGUUCCUUCACAACAACAGUUGAAAUUGAACGUGGUCGGAUUGCUGAACCCACUUUGUGCACCCACUGUAACACAACGCACACUUUCACUUUAAUUCACAACCGAUCUCAGUUCUCUGAUAAACAGAUGAUCAAACUCCAGGAAAGUCCAGAUGAUAUGCCUCCUGGUCAAACUCCUCACACUGUUCUUGUAUACGCACACAAUGAUCUUGUUGACGGUGUGCAGCCUGGAGACAGGGUUACUGUUACUGGUAUUUACAGAGCCACUCCACUCAGGGUGAACCCAAGAAUGCGUAAUCUUAAAAGUGUUUACAAAACACACAUUGAUGUCAUUCACUUCAGGAAAGUGGAUACAAAGAGACUUCAUGGAAAAGAAGAAGGAGAGACCCCUCGUUUCACCCCAGAGCGAAUUGAACUGUUGAGAGAACUAUCACGUAAACCUGAUGUAUAUGAACGUCUAGCGAGGGCCAUUGCUCCUUCAAUUUAUGAGAAUGAAGAUAUCAAAAAGGGAAUACUCUUGCAGCUGUUUGGUGGUACCCGUAAAGAUUUCAGCAAUGCUGGUCGAGGACAUUUCAGAUCUGAAGUGAACAUUUUGUUAUGUGGUGACCCAGGUACUUCAAAAUCUCAGCUUCUACAGUAUGUGUAUAAUUUAGUCCCAAGAUCUCAGUAUACCAGUGGAAAAGGUUCAUCUGCUGUUGGUUUAACUGCCUACGUCACAAAGGACCCUGAAACUCGACAGUUGGUGCUGCAAACAGGUGCUCUUGUUCUUGCAGAUAAUGGCAUCUGUUGCAUUGAUGAAUUUGAUAAAAUGAACGACUCGACAAGGUCUGUGCUACAUGAGGUCAUGGAACAACAAACUUUAAGUAUUGCCAAGGCUGGCAUUAUCUGUCAGUUGAAUGCCAGAACAUCAGUUCUUGCUGCUGCUAACCCUGUUGAAUCACAGUGGAACAAGAAUAAAACUAUUAUUGAAAACAUUGAGCUGCCUCAUACACUGCUAUCUCGUUUUGAUUUGAUUUUCUUGAUAUUAGAUCCUCAAGAUGAGUUGUAUGACAGGCGUCUUGCUCGUCAUCUUGUCUCCUUGUAUUAUCGUUCAGAAGCAAUGGACGAAGAAGAGUUGCUAGACAUGGGUAUUUUGAGGGACUAUGUGGCUUAUGCCAGAGAGUAUGUGCAGCCAAAGUUAUCAGAUGAUGCAUCACAGCGCCUCAUUUCUGCCUAUGUGGACAUGAGGAAGGUUGGCAGUGGCAGAGGACAGGUCACAGCAUAUCCACGUCAGCUAGAGUCACUGAUUCGUCUUGCUGAAGCACAUGCCAAAAUUCGUCUGAACCAUAUGGUUGAAGUUGUUGAUGUGGAAGAGGCAUGGAGACUUCACCGAGAGGCCUUGAAGCAGUCCGCAACCGAUCCCCUGUCAGGAAAGAUUGAUGUUAGUAUCCUUACAACUGGUCUCAGUUCUGCUGCUCGGAAACGUCGUGUUGAAGUUGCACAAGCCUUGAGAAAACUCAUUCAAGCUAAAGGCAAAGUGGCUACUCUCAAUUUCCAGAAGGUAUUCCAAGAGCUGAAGGAAUCCUCUGACUUGAUGGUAACUCGAGAGAUGUUUGAAGAUGCUCUGCGUGAUUUGCAAGAUGACGAAUUCUUAUCUGUGACUGGCAAGUCAACUAUUAGAGUUAUUCAUUAAAAAACUUCUAAAUUUGUUAUUCUUUCUGUUUGAAAUAGUAGGUAGAAUGUUGGAGAUAUGCAUUAUUUUGAAUUCUACUUUUCUUUAUUUUACCUUUUUUCAUUUGAAAUAAUUAGCUGGUAUAAGUUGUAGAGUUCUUCAGGUAACAAAUGUUGCUCACAUAAAGUGUGCUCUGGAAGAAUUUUGUCAGUUUGUUAUUUUUGAUAGUUUCAUUUUAUCAUAUUUACAAGAUACUAUACAGUAUUUGGUAAAAGAUCAUGAAAAUAAAAGUUUAUGGUUAAUAAAUAAGGGAAUCAACAAUUGUUAAGAAUAGAGCAGUAGAAUAGUAUAGCCCUGAGACAAAGUUAUGUAAAGCUGUAUUUUUUCCAGUUAUAUUUUGAAUAUUGUUAAAUCUUAGAAAUGGUAUAAUAAUUUUUGGAGUGGUAAAGAAAAGUUUAGUUUUAUCCUUAAUAAAACCACUUACUUUAAACAAUAACGAACAAAUAUCCUAUUGUACAAAAUAUUUUUCUAAUAGCAAUAAAGAGGAAAAUUAA